GUUGUUUUGCUCCAAAGAUGAGUUCUUUAGCAGACAUUUUUGCUUCUACUAAUAGAAUUCUUACUCGAAUACAUAGGGACUGGCAGAGUGAGCAUGAAAGAUGGCACCAACUCUACCUUGGACCUUUUGAUGGGAUUCUUAGUAGCAGCUUGACCUGUCAGAGUUGCUCAUCCCAGAUCUCAAUUAACUUGGAACAAUUUGAUUGUUUGCCUCUUUCACCUGUACUUAGUGGUUCCACCCUGAUAUUUGGAUGUGCACUGCUGGAUUGCCCUGAAGCAAUUCAUUGUGACACAAGCAACAAAAUUGGGACCUAUAGCAUUACCUUGUGUACCAAUUUUCACAAUGUACCUUUUUAUGUGGCUGCACCGCUGACUUCAAUUGAUCUAUCACUUUCUUUCGGAGAAGAAAUUGUCAUCGAGGAGAGAUCUCCGAAGGAGUUGUUGAACAUGCGAGGAGGACUUGGAGAGCAAGUUGCUGCCUCAUGA